AUCACCCUGUCGCUGCGGCGAGCGGCGGGAGAGCGCGUCCAUCUUACAGAACAUCCCAAGGUGCUUCACAGGAAUGUAAUAAGACAAACAUUGACACCGAGCCAAAGGAAAAGUAAAGCUUAAGUUCUAAGGAAUGGCACGGAGGGAAGUGAUGUAGCGAAGUUAAUGGAAGGAAUUCCAGAACUAAGGACCCAGACAACUGAAGAAAUGAUUUUUGUCUGAUAAACUACAGCUGAUCUGAACAAAUUAGCAGAAGAACGAACUACUGGGUAAGAGAGAGACUGGUCAGAGUGUGCUGACAUGGCUCAUAUAAGCUUUAAGUACUUGAUUAAUGAUCGAGAAAAGGAUUAAGUAACAUUUUUUUGGAGCUGCUGGCUCAAAACAAUGAGUUCAUAGCCAUCUUAUCAAGGAAGCUUAAUCAAAGGCAGAACACUGAACAAAUAAGGCAUACAUGAUGCAACAGUUAAUGAACUGCUCUGGCAGAAGCUGAUGUAUUCGUAUUUUUCGGAAAUCUCCAUGCUGCCUUACAGUAUUUGAACUCUGAGUUCAGUAUAAUUAUGACUUCUGUUGGGCUCUCAGAUAUUGCUAAGUGAUGGAAAUCUUCACUUUAAGAUUGCGAGUUAAAAAAUUUCUGCUUGUGGUAUUGUGAAAGCCUGGUUGCUUUUUGGUGAGUCUAAAACACUGGAGCUGGAUUCAUGACUCAGAUCAAUUGCUUGUGGAAUUAUACAGAAGAUUUGUAAUACAUUACUCCCAGACAGAUUGAAUCUAUUCAAGUCAUUAUUUUAAAAUAUGUCGGAGCAAAAGGAAGAAAUCCUUGAUACUGGUUUUUGGCUGCAGUCCUGUAAUGGAAUUUUGAGGAAUUGGUGCUCGUGGUCUGCCCCCUGCUAUGAUUUUUAAUGGCCAUUCGUGGGACAAGCUGAUUGGCAUCAACUUUGUACUUAGUAAUCUGAUUCCCUUUUGGUUAAAUGUGAACAGAAACGGCAAUUUUGCAAUAAAACACUUGGCAUCAGAGUGUGAAAGUUUUCAGCCAAGAUGUCCUGGAGGAAGAAUUAUUUCACACCGAACAAUAAUCUGCAGGGGAUGUUUAUGCCCCGGAGCACGACUUCUAUUGCGGCAAGUAAGGGACUAAUGAAUGAACCUGGGCAGAACAGCUGCUUUCUCAAUAGUGCGUUACAAGUUCUUUGGCAUCUUGAUAUUUUUCGAAGGAGUUUCAGGCAGUUGACUAGUCAUAAAUGUAUGGGAGAUUCCUGCAUCUUUUGUGCUCUUAAGGGAAUCUUCACUCAAUUUCAAUACAGCAAAGAAAAGGUACUACCAUCUGAUGCCUUGCGGAGUGCUCUUGCCAAAACCUUUCAAGAUGAACAACGCUUCCAGAUGGGAAUCAUGGAUGAUGCAGCAGAAUGUUUUGAAAACAUCCUCAUGCGAAUACACUUUCAUAUUGCUGAUGAAACAAAGGAGGACAUUUGCACGGCAAAACACUGUAUUCCACACCAGAAAUUUGCUAUGACUUUGUUUGAACAGUGUGUUUGCACCAGCUGUGGCGCAACUUCUGAUCCACUGCCUUUUAUCCAGAUGGUGAACUACAUUUCUACAACUGCGUUGUGUAAUCAAGCAAUUCGCAUGAUGGAAAGACGUGAGAAACCAACGCCUGACAUGUUUGGGGAGCUUCUGCAGAAUGCAAGCACAAUGGGUGAUCUUAGGAACUGUCCAAGCAAUUGUGGUGAGAAGAUUAGAAUCCGCAAAGUAUUGAUGAACUCUCCUGAGAUAAUCACCAUUGGUUUGGUUUGGGACUCGGAUCAUUCUGAUCUUGCUGAAGAUGUCAUUCAUAGCCUAGGGACUUGCCUCAAACUUGGAGACCUAUUCUAUCGAGUGACAGAUGACAAAGCUAAGCAUACAGAGCUCUAUUUGGUUGGGAUGGUGUGUUACUAUGGUAAACACUAUUCUACCUUCUUUCUCCAAACAAAGAUCCGCAAAUGGAUGUAUUUUGAUGAUGCUCAUGUGAAAGAGAUUGGACCCAAGUGGAAGGACGUUGUGACCAGAUGCAUUAAGAGCCACUAUCAGCCAUUACUACUUUUGUAUGCAGAUCCAAGAGGCACUCCUGUAUCUGCACAGGAUCUACCCAUAGUGGAUACCCAUCCGUACAGCCGAACCUGCUAUGACAGUGAAGAUUCAGGUAGAGAGCCAUCUAUAUCUAGUGACAGCAGAACUGAUUCCUCUAAUGAGAGCUACCAUUACAAGCACAGUCAUCAUGAGUCUAUGGUCAGCCAUUUCUCCUCUGAUUCACAGGGUACAGUGAUUUACAACAUGGAGAAUGAUACAUCUUCUCAAAGCAGCAGGGAUACAGGGAUUUCUGUGGACAGAAGGCGGAGUUCCAGCCGACCCCGGCGCCCUGACAAUCGAGGGAAACCAGAGAAGUCGGAUGAAAUUCCCAUCUGUGGUUAUCACAGUGAAGGGGAAACGUUGAAAGAGAAGCAAGCCCCAAGAACUGGACCAAAACCUGCUACUAGUCGAUUAAAGGACUUAAGAGAAACUGUGAGCAAUAUUAUUCAUAACCGACCUUUGCAUAAUCAAGACCAGGGUAACAGCAAACCCAUUCCAGCAAAAGUGGCGGACUCUGUAGAUAACGGCAACUUCCGAAUGUUAAGUGGACGUUCAAGAGACUGGGAAAUGGAGAGCACCAGUGGUGAAUCCAAAUCAAGUUCAUCGAGCAGAUCCAAGACCUACCUGUGGAAACCUAAACGCGAGGUUCUUAAUAUUGACAGUAUCUUCACGAAAGAGAGAAAAAAGGCUGGCUCCAGCACACAAAAUACUGUAAUGUCAGAAGAGAGUGUUAAAGACCCUAACCACAAUAAGACUGAAAGUUCAGUAGGAGUUGGAAGUGCUCCUUUGACAUUAGACAAUACAAAAAUGGAAGGAAAAGACAUUCAAAUCAAUAAUAAUGACAGAUAUGAGAAGGCUGGGUGUCCAGGUAAAGGUAUGCAACAAGUUGGGAUCCAAAGUUUGGGAGAAAAUGAACGUUUUAUUCAGAGAAUGGAAUCUGGCUAUGAGAGCAGUGAACGCAACAGUAACAGUCCAGUAAGUUUGGAUACUUUGGUUCCUGAUGGGGUCCCAGGUGGAGUGCACAAUUCCAGUGUCAAUCCUUUCAGGGAAUCUAAUGUGAAGAAAGCAAUCAUUUCUGGUCCUUCGUGGAAAACUGUUCCCAAGUCCAAGAGCAGCAGUGCCUUACAACAAGAAUCAUCUGCAGCUGCCAAGAGCUGGGUGAAUUUGCAGCAAAUUUCCAUUGAAAAUCACAGCAAUCCCUUGCGAAGUGAGUUGGAUGAACUGGAAGAGGAGAUUAAAAGAAGAACUAAAGAGGAGGAACUAAGGAGAAAGAAACUGAGGGAAAAGGAAGCAGCAAUGGUAUUCAAUCCCCGGCCUAGCAAGUUUAUGGAUCUGGAUGAACUUCAGAAUCAGGGGAAGACUGACAAGUUUGAGAGGUCAUUGCAGGAGGUAGACUCUCUGUUAGAACAGUCUUUCCGUCUUGAACAAAAGGAUGACUUGGCUGCAGCACUCAAUCUCUGCAAUGAAGCUGUGUCUAAACUAAGACUUGCUAUGCAUGAAGGCAAUACCAUCACACACAGCAAAGCCCUUGCUGAUAAGAAGCUGCAUAUUUGCAUGAAGAAGGUUCGAAGUCUGCAGGAGAGCAUGCAACAAUCCAUCCACUCCCCUCCACCUGGGGACCCCGUGACUGAAUGCAAAAGUAUGCAGGCUGGCCAGGUCCAAAUACUGUUAGCAUCAGAGAGAAUAAUGGAACCCAUCAGUGAGUCAGACCACAGGCCAAAAUCUUCCCCAGUCUUGCCAGCCUCCCAUCACCAGCUACAAGUCCAACAUGCACCCCGGUUACACAGCCCUCACUCCGAAUCGCAUGACCAAGCUUCCGCUUCAUUGACUUCUGAACUGAAACGGAACCAAUCUGCCCGAUAUACCAAUGAGCUUCCAUCCCUUCGCAACUCCAAUUGGGUUCCAGGGGAGAAGGUGGAGGAGAAAUGUGUAAGUGGCACAAUGGAUAUUUGUCAGGUGAAAAAUAAUGAUGAACCAAUGAAAGAAGAGUCAUUGGAUUGUUUUCCACUCAAUUAUAAACUGAAAAUGAACAAACAUGGCUCCUUGCCUGUGCUUACUGCUGAAUAUGGAGACGUAAGUCACACGUUUUCAUCACCAUCUCCCCACAGUCAGGUGUUAACACAAAAGGAUGAAACACAUGUGUAUCCAAAGAGCAAUCCUCAUUCUGUGUAUUUCAAUUCAAGGCAACUUGAAUUGAACACAACUGACACCAGUAUAUCUCCACGUACAACUUUGUCUUCCACGAACUUGAACUGGUUCCCUGCACCAUCUUCUACCCAUGAAUCGCACAGAAGCGAUUUGAAUCUGGAGUUCAACUCAGUGAUUGAAGGUGUCCAUUCACCGAAGAUCAAGAUGGCAGUUGAUAUGGGUAAUGUAAAGUCAAUGGCAGCACAGAUUCAAAGAUUAAAUGCCAAGCUGGGCCAGGGAAGUGAUGAUGGCAAUUAUAAAAGAACGUAUUCCAAUUUUCAGCCAAAGAAAAUUGAUCAGGAAGUAUUGCAGCUACCUCUGAAUAUUAAUCAACAGGUAGUGAUUCUUCAGGGCAUGGAUCAGUUGGACAGUGCAAAGUGGUCUACUGACAGCUUAUAUUCUCCCCAGGUUUCAGAUGGACCUUUAGAUUGUAAAGCUGAGAUGUCUGUUCCUUCCUACAGAGCAAAGACUGAUACUGUUGCAAGAGAUCUGAGCUGCCACUCUGGAGGAUCAGGUUUUUCAUCUGAACCUCUAACAGAUGAGGCAUGUGAGCAAAGACACCUAAAUACUAUCCAGUCACUUCUCAGAGAAAACUUUUCUAACAACAACUCUGAGCCAAUGAGACAGCAGCUUGAGUAUUCCACGAGUCCUUCUGUAGCUGUAGACCAACGGAUUGAUGAUAUUAGAAAAUAUUAUGUGCCUCAGUCGGAUUGCCAAAACAGUGAACAGCAACACUUGCAUGGUAAUCAAUGCAGUCAAGAAAGCAACACACAUGGUCAUGGGCAACAAGUGCAGCUGAUCAAUAGUAAAGAUCAGGACAUGCAGCUGGAGUUUUCAGAGUUGGAAUCCCUCUAUCAAGCAAGUCUGCAAGCUUCCGAGAGUAGAAGAUGCCUACCAAGUAGACAAUUGGCUGAGAAGGCCACCAGGCAAAGUAGCACUAAACCAGUUUCUGCACUAUAUGUUACAAGAAAACACUCCUCUCUGCCUGAAAGAGGGCGAUCAAAGACUCCAACUGCAGAGAUUGAGCGCAAUGCUUAUCGAGCACCUGUACCAGUGAGCACAAAGGUGCAUUUCAAUGAGCUUGCUCCAAGAGAAAAUGUGGAAAAUGACAGUUACAGUGCAGAAAAUUUCCGCCGUAUCGCUCGGAGCCUGAGUGGAACCAUCCUUGCUAACAGAGAGAACCCUGUGGUUAUUCCUCACAGUAUAGAAACAACAACAACCCCGAGAAAAGAAGUGGAGCCUCGAAAAAGAUCAGUCAGUUCUUCCUUGACAACGUCCCAGGGCCCCUCCCCUGAUCCUCUUGUAUUAGCCUCUUACCCUCAACGUCAUCCCUUCCUACCAGAGCACCUUUUGUCUGAUCCACUACAGCCCAACAUGUCUGGUGAUGCAAACAGAGCUUCAGACAAGAACAUCGAAAAACUUCUGGCUGUGUUUGACCGGGGUGAAGCUCUCAACCACGAGAACUACCAGAGUGUUGCAGUGAACUAUGGUACUCUGCCACGCUCACAGAAGAGAUUGACUUUAGGACAGAGACCCAUCAGAAAAGACCAGAUUAAUGUUGAAAAUGUAAUCAAGCAGAGACCAACUCGAGCAGUUCUUCCUGAUAAGACAAAGGUAGAGCAACUUUGCAAAGUUCCGCCUCGCAUGAUGUCACUGAGUCAGCCACCGCACCAAACCAAGCCUGAGGUGCCUGAUGGUUUUGACACUUUUCCUGUGCAUUACAGACUGGGACAUGGCAUUGGCCAGAACACUUUUCCAAAAAGCAACAGUAUGGCAAAUACUUUGGACCCUCAGAAAUCCCCUUGUCUUAAGUCUUCACGGUCCAACAUUCCAGGUCCAGUCCGUCUUGAUGUACCCCCUGAUGAGGAUUGGAGGAAGGCAGUUUACACCCAGUUUCAGCAUAGUGAUAGGAGUUUUCCCAGCCGGACUGUUGCAAGGACCAGUGGUACUGGUGUGUAUACAAAGUGGCCAGCAGCUGAACAGGCUACUUCACGGCCUGCCACCAGGGGUCGCCCAUGUGCUUUAUGUCAGCUAGCACUCACAGAUGCUGGUGAGGUCUACUGCCGGAACUGCAGUUUGUAUAUGGCACGAUUUAAACCACGACACUGACCUUUAUGAUCAAGGUCAAGCCAAAACCAAUGAUGGGUUUCACAGCAAUUAUCUUAAAGUAGACUAAUGCUAGGACUAAAGACUGGUACUGCUACUAACUGAAUGUAUAGUGACUCUCUAAAAGUUGUCAAUUAUCAGCUGUGAUACUGAGAAUUAAUAAUGCAUUUAAUAAUUAGUAUAAAUGAAGGCUAAAGAUGGAAUGUAUUUAAAUUAUAAAACUCAAAAUUAAAAAUUAUUCAGUUAUUACUUAGAAAUUAAGUUUAAAGUUCUGAUGCUGGAUGUAGCAACUGCACUGCUGUCCUGCAGAUGUACAUAGUUAUUUUUUGCAAUAUAAUCCUACUAACCAGUCACUAAACACUGAUAAUUUGGAUCUUCACACUAAUGUGAAAUGUGCAACAUUCUCUACUACGGUAUAAUGAUCUAAAUGCAUUUGUGGUUUACAUGUUGUCAAGUCGUACCAGAAGUUUUCUGAUGUGAUUCCAAUGUACAAUUUAAUUCACCUGUUUAGCUCCAUUUAAAAUUAAUUGUUGAAUUAUUUUGUAUUAAAGUAAGUACAAGGAGGGCCACCUUUACAAUAUUUCUUAACAAAAACCUCAAAUUAUGUGUAGGGCUUGGUGGUUCUAACAUCUCAAAACAGUGAUCUUAAAAAUUUAAUUCUGCCUGUCAGAUAUUUGAAAUAAUGACAUAAAAUAGUCAACAGGCCAGGCAGCAGCACUGUAGAGAGAAAGAGUUAACAUUUAGGCUAACUCUGUUUCUCACUUAUCAGAUGCUACCUGAUCUGCUGAGUAUCUCCAGCAUUUUCCAUUUUUGUUUCAGGUUUUCAGCAUCUGCAGUUGUUUUUCUUUUAGGCUAUGGAUGUUUAAUGUUUUCAGCUAAUUUUUUUUCUCUCCUAUUUUAGCAAAGGUAUUUUCCCAUUUAAUGUAAUUAGGUUAUUGGUUUUACUACAAUAAUGGAGUGAGGAAUUGAUUGGAUCAGUAAGCUUCUGUAGAAUCAGUUAUUCUCCAAACCCUGUUCAUUCUUUCAAUGUGUGUUUCUGCAGCAAGUGACUGUCAACCUCGUGUGCAGAAACUAUCAGUUGUUGCAUUCGAAAUGUAUUAAAAGAUAAACUUUAAUGCAGAUAAAUUCAGCUUUCUGUGUAGGUUUAAUACAAUUCUAAUUUGUUUGGUUGCACACUUCGCUGCUUGCCAAUUGUGAACCAGUUUCUUUUUCAUAACACACAUGAAGGAGCUAAAACACAUCGACAUUUUCACUGUCCUGUUGAAAUGUAUAUAAUAGAAACUGUAUUUGACUGUGUGUCUUAUGUGAGCGUAUGAGCAUUGUUUCAUUGAUGGCCACCAGGAUGAGAUGCUGCUGUACACAUAGAAUAAUGUAGGAUAGAAGUUAAAUGUAAUUAUUGAAGUACUUGUGUUCUUGGACACUGGGCUUGAGUAUGAUGAUGUGGAAAAUGAGACAGAAUGUAUGAAGAUCGGAUGAUUAGAAGGAACCUAGAAGGCAACAAGCUGGUCAUAUUCAGAGGGUUCCAGUCAACCAUCAUCUGCUGGACCCAGGAGCUUGGCUCUGAUUGUCUUCAAUGUCCUCCUACUCAUCUGUUAUUUUUAUGAUGUGUAUUAUUAUGCUUUGUGGAAGUUUGUAGAGCCUUGCCAAUAUUCCAAACUGCUGAACAUCUGUGUGAAGUAUCACCAGUAAAUGCUUACUAUAAGCUGUUGUGAUGUUUGCAGAUUCAUGGAGGUAAUUGUGCCACUGGUGAAAGGAUAUAGCAAAGACUUUUCUGCUGUUCAUAUCCUCAUGUAUGUCUUAUAAGAUUACUGAAGACAAAAGUUACGGGUGUACAGUUGUGGAGUUGAAGAUUUUAUUGUAGAAAAUGGUUUACAGAUUUUUACUGUACUUUCAUACUUGUCUUGCUUAGAAGUGCUUGAUAUUAUUGCUAAUGUAUUCUUGUUAAAAUGUGUACAGCUUUUACAGCCUUCGAAAUGUGAACUGGAAAAUUUAUGUACCAAUUGGUAUUUAAUUGCAGUGCUAGGAAAUGCAACUCAUAUUUUUGCAAUAAAGUAUCCAAAUGUG